AAGAAAUACUCAUGUAUAGAAGCAGACAAUAAUACUGUCAGAUCUAACUUGGCAAUUCAUAGUGCAUUACUGCAUACUGACGCAAACACAAAGGAGCACAAUGGAAGGAUUCAAUGGAUGCAUUAUAUUAUAUUUGAUGGCAAUCCUGUCUGCCACAUACAUAGAAACUGAAGGAAAAAUCAUUUUCUCAAAUCCACCACCAGCAUAUUAUAAUGUGGCACUGAACAAGCCAACCAGCCAAUCAUCCAAGCACUAUGGUGGCACAACCGGCAAUGAUGACGGUGCCUCUUACUUAGCUGUUGAUGGUAAUACAGAUAGGGACUAUUGGCAUGGCACAUGUACACAUACACGUUUAGAUGCAAAACCUUGGUGGAUGGUUGACCUCGAGGGAAACUACUAUGUCAAUGCUGUCAAACUUGUGAAUCGUUUAAAUCAACAUGCAGACAGGCUGAGGAAUUUCAAAAUAGAAGUGAGUAAAGACACCAU